CUCGCACAUGCGCACUGCAGAUAGGGCAGGGCUGCAGAUCGGGUUGUGACAGGAACUUUCCGGAUUUCAGUACUAGUAGGCCAUCUGUUAAAUGUAUAUGUUUUGUUUGUAAAACGUAAUAUGAGAUAGAUAGUCAUGCGUUACGAUGCUCGCAGUGUUUGUUGUCUUCGGGUGUGCGUCCUUCUUGGCACAAGGGCUCUGCUGUCGUCCUAAAGAAUAUUCUAGAGCUGGGCAAUGUUGUCCUAUGUGCAGCGAAGGAACCAUUGUUUCGAGAGACUGCACGUCACAGUCAGGCACACGCUGCAGCCGCUGUAAAAACGGGACUUAUAUGAACCAACCCAAUGGACUGGUUACAUGUUUCACAUGCACCUCCUGUGACUCAGGCAACGGUCUCUUUGCCCUGCAUGCCUGUUCAGAAACAACUGACACAGUCUGUGAAGUUAUAGAUGGGUAUUUCUGCAAAGUUUCAGAUGUGACAGGAUGCAGUGCAGCACAAAAACAUACACAAUGUGUACGUGGUGAGAGGAUAAAAGAACCUGGAACCAUCAGAGUGGAUGCACAGUGUGAGCUUUGCCAGUCUGGCUUCUUUUCAGAGCAUGGUGUGAAUUGCACGGACUGGACAACGUGCUCAGAAACCCAGGUAAAGCUGAAAGAAGGAAGCGAGAGCAGCGAUGUUGUCUGUGGAGGUUCUUCAAGAAGUCAUUACAUUGGCAUUCCACCAAUAUUAUUGUUUGUAUUAACAAUUGUUGCGCUUUUAAUUAAAGGGGGCCUACCAAAACCAAGGCCUGAAGGCGGGCCUGCUUCUGAGGAAUACCCAGGGAGCACAUCCCAUGGAGAGACGUCUUACUAAUGCUAAUGUUAGAACCAGAGAUACACAAGCUACCUACAGUUUUACAGCUCACACUCUGCAAACAUUUGAUUUUGUUCCGAUGCUUCUCAUAUUCAUGCACAUAUAUACAGAGAGGGAGAAUUAAACCAAACACCUAUUUUUUUAUAAAUGCUUUUUGUAAUAGACAUGCUGUUGUAUUUCAUGUUGUACAAAGUGUUAACAGCUAACCUCUACUUAACAGCAAUUUUGAACUCGUUCCAUUUUUACUAGCUUUUGUUAUGGUGUUAUUGUGACGUGAAUGUUGAAAAUUAAGUUGUACUAAUUCAUAUAAUAAUGUGUUUUCAUUAAUUAUUAACAUCAUUCCUUCUGAUUGACUAACCCAUCUGAAUCUCAAAAGUGUGCCAAAUUGAUUGAAGAUAUUGUAUUUUUCACUGUCAGGAUUUUUCUUUACAAUAAAAUAAUUGAAGUGGUC